AUGGCAGCGACGAGACGUUCAUCACGGCUGAGUGCCCAGCCAGAUGCAAGGCUGAGACCACCAUCCCAACGAAACUCGCCGCAGCUGCAAAACCAGACUGAAAAUUCCGCACAGAACACCCGGAAGCGAAAGGCCUCAACAUCAAAAGCAACACCGCCCGUCACACCUACAAGGCGACCAGCGAAACGCAUCCAACCCGAGCCACCAUACACACCCACCCCCAGCACAGCAGUAGUCAUUGCGGCGCCAGCAGAAAGCACGAAUCGUCCAACGCGUGCAGCGGUUGCAAGAUUAGCUGAUCCCCGGGCCACCAAUGCCGCGCUCCUGUCGCCAGAGACGUCGAGGGUGGUCGCAUCCAAGGAUAUAGGACCAGGGUCGCCGUCCAAGGAACCAGGUGCUACGGGAAUCACUACGGAGAAUCUACUUGACGUCGCGUGUGCGCAUUUGAUCAGUGUGGAUGAGAGGAUGCGGCCGCUGGUAGAACGGAAUCACUGCAGGAUGUUCUCGCCGGAAGGGCUGGCAGAGAAGAUCGACCCGUUCGACAGCCUGGCGAGCGGGAUUAUCUCGCAGCAGGUUUCCGGCGCGGCUGCCAAGUCCAUCAAGGCUAGAUUCGUAGCCUUGUUCGAUACGCAGGACAAGACGACGACGCGGUUUCCCCAUCCGUCAGAGGUGGCUGCCGCCUCCGUCGAGACGCUCCGUACAGCAGGGCUGUCGCAGCGCAAGGCCGAGUACAUCAAAGGCCUCGCGGAGAAGUUUACGAAUGGCGACCUGAGCACCGAGAUGUUACACGAGGCGCCGUACGAGGAACUUGUCGACAAGCUGAUUGCCGUGCGAGGUCUGGGGAGGUGGUCCGUUGAAAUGUUUGCCUGCUUCGGAUUAAAGAGAAUGGAUGUAUUUUCUGUCGGGGAUCUGGGCGUCCAGAGAGGCAUGGCGGCGUUUGUGGGAAGGGACGUGGCAAAGCUGAAGUCCAAGGGGGGCAAGUGGAAGUACAUGUCUGAGAAGGACAUGUUGGAAAUGUCGGAAAAGUUUGCGCCGUACAGGAGUUUGUUUAUGUGGUUGAUGUGGAGAGUUGAGGAUAGCUGUACCGACGUGAGCACCCUCGAGUGA